AUGUCACUGUUGAGUGCAUUAUUCAUCUGUGGACACACUCAAGCUCUGCCCGUGGCCAUAUUGAGAAUCUCUCCUCAGGGUCUCCUCUCCUCUGGAGAGACAGUCACUCUGCAGUGUGACAUACUAAGCUACACAGACUGGAUGUACCUCUUGUCCGGAAACAAUCAACAGCUUCACAGUCAGACCAGUGAAACCAUCACCAUCUCUCUCCCUGACCAGGCUGGUCAGUACAGAUGUGAGGGGACGAGAACAGGUCUGCCCCAGAGGUCACAACCCAGUGUUUCUCUUUCCAUCAGUGUCACUGCUCUGCCUGUGGCCACAUUGAGCUUCUCUCCUCAGGGUCCCCUCCACUCUGGUGAGACAGUCACUCUGCAGUGUGACAUAUCAGUGUACACAGAUUGGACGUACCUUUGGUCCAGAGACAACCAACAUCUUUCCAGUCAGUCCAGUGAAACCAUCACCAUCUUUCUUCCCGACCAGGCUGGUCAGUACCUGUGUAAGGGGACCAGGAGAGAUCGGCCCCAGCAGUCUCAACUCAGUGGAACCGUCCUCUUCAGAUUCACUGAUUAUCAGCCCUCGACUACACUGACUUCAGACAAAGAGGACGUAUUCACAGGAGACAGUGUGACACUGACCUGUACAGUAGAGUCUUAUGGAUGGAAGUUUUACUGGUACAGACACAGACCAGACUCUACACCAGUAACCUCAACCUCUGGAUACUCCUAUACACUCAGCUGGGUCAGUGUCUCUGGUGGAGGACAGUACUGGUGCAGAGCUGGGAGAGGAGACCCAGUCUACUAUACCCUGUACAGUGACCCAGUCCAGAUACAUGUUACUGAGAGACCUGUUGUUGUUCUGACCCUCCAACCCAACUGGACCCAGAUAUUCAGAGGAGAGACUGUCACUAUGAGAUGUGACAUCCAGGGAGGAGGAGACUCUGACUGGAACUACAGAUGGUAUAAGAAUAGUCAGUCAGUGAUCCCCUUUAACACAAAGUCUGAGUACAGAAUCAGUCCUGUCUACGUGUCUAUCAGUGGUUCAUUUACCUGUAAGGGUGUAAAGGGAAACAAGAUCUCCAAGACCAGUGAUGCUGUACAACUGACUGUGUCUGAUAAACCCAAGUCUGUCCUGAGUAUCUCUCCUCAGUGGCUGAACCCUGGAGAUUCAGUGACUCUCAGCUGUAAAGUUGACAAGAUGUCUACAGGCUGGUAGUUCCCCUGGAGAUCUGAAGCCUUCAGUGUCUCUCAGAAUAAGUCCAGAAUAAGUCCUAACACAACUCAACACUUUACAUCAAAGUCUCUCUCACUGAGCUGUGAGGAGAAGAGGAACUCUACUGGAUGGAGACUGAUGAGAUACACAGAGAGAGGAAUGAGGUCAGGGUGUGUCUCUAACUGGGGAUCAGUAACAGGAUCCACAUGUACCAUCAGCAACACAUACACAUGGUCCAGUGGUGUGUUCUGGUGUGAGUCUGGAUCAGGAGAGUACAGUAAUGCUGUCAACAUCACAGUGGAUGCUGGUGAUUAGAUCCUGGAGAUCCCUGCCUAUCCCAUGACUGAAGGAGACUCAAUGACUCUGCGCUGCAAAUACUGGACAACUAGCUCAAACAUCAGGGCUGGUUUCUACAAAGAUGGAGCACUCAUUAAGAAUGAGACAACAGGAGAGAUGACCAUCCCUGCAGUAUCCAAGUCAGAUGAAGGAUUCUACAAAUGCAAAUACACUGACAAGGGAGAAUCACCAAAGAGCUGGAUGACAGUGAGAGUCUCUCCAGUCGUAGCUCCUGGAUCCUCUACAUCAGUCCUAGUAGGAGUGGUUGUGGGUCUGGUUGUUGCUGGUGUUCUACUGGUCAUUCUCCUGGUCCUGCUGUGGAGAUUUAAAAACUCCAAAGUUAUGUUAAUUCAGUAA